AUGGUGCACAACGACAACGAGCAUGAACGUGGUGUGCAAUUUCCGGACUCUGAUGCUGAAAAUCGCCCCCAUCAUCUCCUUCCGGGACGAGUUGGGAAUACUGGGCGACGCAGUGAAGGCAAUCAUGAGGACACCAGUAAGGUCAAAAAACUGCUGUCAAGGUUCCAUGUGUUUCGACGCGGCAAUCACUCUAUCGAAUCUGAUGAAGCACCAUCAUCAGCACGGUUGUCACCGGUAUCUUCGAAAAAUAUGGCUUUUCCACCGCCGAGUAAAUCAGCACCGAACAACUAUGAGCGUUUGUCGCCUCAACAUAAGACAUCCACCACAAGUUGCGAUGACGACUACACAAAGCUGACACCUCCCAGCAAACCUGUUCGGAAUAGGGUGUCACCGUCAGACAGAACGGGAAAGCGUAGCGAAAUUCUCUGCACACAGCAGACCACGCGGUAUGUGAAGCCAGGUGCGUUUCACCCAUCUUCUUCCAGUGGACUUGGUGUCGGAACAGCAAUUGAUACUCCAGGGCGUUCCCCUAGAAGAGAAAUUGGUAUUGAUGAAAUCAUUCCCAUCACUUACGAAGGCAAUCUC